AAAUAGACCGGUUUGGCUCAACACUGGUAGCAGAUCGCGCACCCGACGCGACCCAGACCGCCCAGCCCAGACGCCGACCCACGCCGCUCGCGCUCCCGUCUCUCGGCGAUCCUCCCUUCUCCGACGACCGGCUGCCACCCCUUCCGCCCUCGCCGCCAGAUCCGCGCGGCCACGCCUACCCCACCUCGCUCUUCUUCUUAGGCCCCGGCAGAUCUACGCGGGCGGCGACCGUCCCUAGCCAUGAUUAAUUUCGUGCUCCUAAUCAGCCGCCAGGGCAAGGUGAGGCUCACCAAGUGGUACUCGCCUUACACCCAGAAGGAGAGGACUAAGGUCAUCCGUGAGCUUAGUGGGCUCAUUCUUACUCGAGGGCCAAAACUCUGCAACUUUGUCGAGUGGAGAGGUUACAAGGUUGUGUACAGAAGGUAUGCCAGCCUCUAUUUCUGCAUGUGUAUCGAUGCUGAUGACAAUGAGCUCGAAGUCCUUGAAAUUAUCCAUCAUUUUGUUGAGAUACUGGACCGCUAUUUCGGCAGUGUAUGCGAGCUGGAUUUGAUAUUCAAUUUCCACAAGGCCUACUACGUACUGGAUGAGAUUCUCAUUUCUGGUGAGCUUCAGGAAUCUAGCAAGAAAAACUUUGUUAGGUUCCGCGCGCGAAUUACUCCAUUACAGAUGAUUUGAGUUCAGAUACAUGGAUUUGGGGAAGGAGGGAGGAGGAAGAACAGCAGGUAGGAGAAGAUAAGGGUAAGGAGAGAGCCGCCGUUGCCUUUGCCUGAUCCAAGCCCGGAUGCCUCUUCGCUGCUUCCUACGUGGAUACUUGUAGUCAGGCCUCCCUUCAUGUGGCACUCAACCAGGCCCGGCCCAUGGGCUGCUGUGGCCGUAAUUGGGUCGCUGACAAACUUUGCAAGACUUAUUGCUGCCCAGGUAUCCUCACCACCGGCUAACACAAAUUCUACUUUCCAUGAUUAGUUAUAAGGGCGUAUAACUUCGGGUAUUAAAAUCUUUCUGUUCAUUCAUGUCCUGACUGGACCUCACCUUCUCUCCUAUGGUUCAGUAUAGCUCAUUUCUGUGCUUAAAUAUUAGGAUAAACAACAUCGUCUUCUAAAAUCUAUUCUGUUACCGCUUGAAUUACUUUGUGCUUUCAAUAUAGUUUGUACAAAAA